GGGGCCGGUGGCGCCUGCGCAGUGCGGCUUGGGCCGGGCGGUCGGCGGGCAGGCGGAGCGGAUCGCCGGCCUCCCAGAGCCUCGGGGGACGAGGACCCCACCUUCCCGUGGAGAGUUGGAUGCGUGUAGGCCUCCGAGGAAGGAUGAAAAAGCCCUGCAAAGAGAUACGCAGAUUCGUCGACAGCCCCUUGGGGAAAAUGGAAAUCUCUGCCUGCGACGACGGGGUGCAUGAAAUCAAACUCCCCCGAACGUCGACCCCGAAGGCUGAGAGCCGCCCGGAGACCCCGCCGCGCCCCAAGGAGGAGCGGCUCCCCGAGCCGACGAACGAGCCCCUGGAGCGGGCCGUCUCCUGGCUGCGAGCUUAUUUCUGGCAACCCGAGGCCCUGGACUCCCUCCCGCUCCCUGACUUCCACCACCCCCUCUUCGAGCAAGAUUCCUUCACCAGGCGGGUGCUGCUGACACUGCUGGACCAGGUGAAAUUUGGAGAGACCGUCUCCUACCGGCAACUGGCACAGCUGGUAGGCCGGGACCGGGCAGCCCGGGCCGUGGGCGGAGCGAUGCGUGGAAAUCCGAUCGCCAUCGUGAUCCCCUGUCACCGAGUGAUUCUCAGCAGCGGCGAGAUCGGGAACUACGGGGGAGGAAAGGCGGCCAAAGAAUGGCUCCUGGCCCACGAGAGACGCCCCAAGACCCAGCAUUCCCGCCCGACUGGGAGCGGCCCGGCCCCAACCUCGCCUGACCCCUGAGCGACAAUAUCCGAGCGACACGGCGACGUAACGCAGCCUCCAAAGUGCAAUGUGCAGUGGCCAGAUUAUAUUAAAAAUGCCGGCCGGGUCCUGAGGGGCGCCGAGCCGACGUCUCACAGCAGA